AUGCGUGGAGCUUGGGUACUUCUUGUAGGGUUUGUGGCUAGCCUGGUGCGCACGCAGCCGUACGAGGCGUACGCGGCCAGUAAGCAGCUCCCUCCUGUUGCCAUUGCCGGCGAAGCUUUUUCUUUUAAGCUAUCGAACGACACCUUUAAGUCCAGCGUCGAUGAAGCGACGCAGAUACAGUACGAGGCCUACGGCCUGCCCUCUUGGCUCGAGUUUGACUCUGCGAACCGCGUUCUAAGCGGAACGCCAGCGCAGGACGACCUGGGCCAGGACUCGGGAACCAGUUACGUGAGUUAUACCCUCCAGGGAAUCGAUCCAGCGGACAACGGGACGCUGAACAAGACAUACCAGCUCGCGCUGUCAGACGGAACACAGCCUGCGGUGGCCCCGAGCUUCAACCUGUUGAGCCUUUUGAAAAACAGCGGUUACACGAACGGGAAAAACGCGCUGAAGCUAUCACCAGGUGAAAUAUUUAACGUCUCUUUUGACAGGGACACGUUUACAAACUCCAGUUCCGCUACUACUUUCUACGGUCGCUCUGCCCUUUACCAUGCCCCCCUGCCUAGCUGGAUUUUUUUCGACGAGAGUUCUUUGAAGUUCAGUGGCACAGCGCCUGUCGUGAACUCAGAGAUCGCGCCAGAGUCGUAUUUUUCGUUCUCACUAAUUGCUAGCGAUGUCACCGGCUACACCAGCUCGGAAGUGAUGUUUGACCUGGUAGUUGGGGCACACCAAUUUACAACCUCGAUCCAAAACACUCUGGUAGUCAACGUUUCGAGCUCAGGGUCAUUCAAUUACAAGUUGCCGAUGAAUUACGUCUACUUAGAUGACGAGCCUGUUUCGCAAUCAAAUAUCAGCUCAAUUCAGCUUCUAGAUGCGCCCGACUGGGCCUCCGUAUCAAACCAAUCGUUGUCAGGAACGCUGCUUACGGGCGAAAGCAGCGAAAACUUGACUAUCGCUAUAGAAGAUGUUUACGGUGAUGCGGUUUAUUUGAAUUUCCUAGUAGAGUCCACCAGCAAGCUCUUUGCAGUUUCGUCCUUACCUAACGUCAACGCUACUAAGGAUGAAUGGUUCCAAUACUCCUUGCUGCCUUCACAAUUCACCGACUACGACAACACAAAUGUGUCCGUAAGCUUUUCUAAUUCUUCGGACUCAUCUUCGUGGCUUUCUUUCCAUUCUUCCAACUUGACGCUCAUGGGCAAGGUACCUGAUGACUUUACAUCCUUGGCUGUUGACGUGAGCGCUAAACAGAGUUCCGACGAGCAGAAGCUAUCUUUCAAAGUCCUUGGCGUAUCUUCACUGAAAAAAACGUCUUCCUCAACAUCGGCGCAGUCAAGCAAAACUGCCACAUCCUCUGCGACAUCUUCAGCAUCUUCUCCAACAGCGACAUCUUCUCAAACACAGGCGGCUUCGCCCACUAACGAAACCCAGAAAAAGAAGAGUAACAAUCGCACUACAGCAAUAGCAUGUGGCGUGGCCAUUCCUGUUGCAGUAAUCUUAGCACUCAUCCUAUUCCUGCUACUAUGGAGAAGAAAGAAAAACAAGUCUGGAGCGGCUCAAGAUCAAGAGAAUACCCCAAGAAUCGGCAAUCCCCAGCUGGGAAACCCUGCUAACAAUCCCAAUGUGAUUGGUGCUGUUUCGCCCUUUGGAGACGAAAAUUCUCUAGAUGAUACUUCCACCGCCAAAAGAUUGGCAGCCUUAAACGGGAUGAAGUUGGAUGCCCAAGGGGGGUCGGGAUCUGAAGGAUCCACAAUAGACGAGAAAGCAGAAUGCGGGUCGUUGAGCUCGUCGUCCUCUGACUCAUAUCACGAUGCUGCUUUCACCGCCAGCACAGACGCCUUGGUACCGCGUGAUGAGAGUGAUCAGUAUUUCGACUCCAAUAAGCACACUUCCUCCGUAUACCUCAACAGUGAGCCAACAAACCGCAAGUCUUGGAGGUUUUCUGCAGCUGGUGCAGCUGCUAACAGGAAUACAAGGGAGAGUUACAACUCCCUCAACACUGUCAGCACUGCUGAAUUAUUCAGUACUCAGAUCGCGGGCAACAAAAGUCUACCUAAAGACCCAAGGAAGUCUUCUCUAGGUAUGCGAGACUCAGUGUUCAUGGGGAACCUUUCAAACCCAGCCCGUGGGACAAGAGACGGCUCAUCAUCCAACUCAGGGUCCCUGUCAGCUUCAAAUGUGGCGAAGAGUAGUGAAGGUCUUAAAGAAAGCACCUUGCCUCACUUGAAAGAAAUUCCUCAUGAUGAGAAUUCUUUUCACUCUCAGAUUACUGCCAGUAGCUCUGAUGAUUUUAUUCCUGUGAAAGAUGGAAAUAACUAUACAUGGAUAGAGCGCAUCAACAACGCGGAGGUUAAAACACCAGAGAGAAAGAGAAGUUUGAAGAGGCUAGUGAGUCUUCCCAACAAGAGUGGGGUUGGUGUGUGCGACGCUAACGACAUACAAGGGCAGGAACCUGAAGUGGAUGCGUCAAUGGAUUAA